CCCCCUCCUCCUCCCUCUGACGUCACUGGAUCACGUGGCUUUAUCAGUGAUGCGGAAAUGAAAGUUCACUAGCUACAGCGGCGGAGUACAGCUGAAAAAGAGCUGGGAUGUCAUGGCAGCUGCCAGCGUGACCAGACCUGGCAGUGCUCAGAGUACAGAAAAGUCUCAGUUGAUCCUGAAAGUGGUGUCAGCAAAGCCCCAGUCCCCCAAGCUGCCGAACCGUCAGUCCAGACUCAGCUCCUUUGUGGAGGUGACGGCCGACGGUCUGACCAGUGAAACCAAGAAAACCGGCAAACGCAGCGGGAACCUGGAGCUGCAGUGGAACGAAGACCUCACUCUGAACGUGACGCCUCAGAGUCGUCUGGAUCUGAAGCUCUGGAGCUGCCACACCUUGAGAAAGGAGCUGCUGGGCAGCGCCACCAUCGACCUUCUGGAGACGCUGCGCACUCACGAUGGCAAAAUGGAGAACGUCCAGCUGAGUCUGGUGCUGCAGACGGAGAACAAAGGCUCGGUUGUGGCAGGAGGGGAGCUCAACGUCUGUCUGGACGGCAUGGUUGUUGAUUUGGGCUCUCUGCCCAAUGGCAGCGCAGCAGCAGACAAGAUUCUUCAGUCUGACAGACCCAACCUGAGAAGGACGCAGAGUGAAGAGAGUGCAUCUGCAUCACACAGCAGGACCAACAGGCUCUCAGUGGGGGGUCUGCAUGGCGAAACGACAGGGGGCUCCAGGGGGAGCUCUUUAACUAAUGGGGAGCUGAGCGAGGAGCCGGGCUCUUGUGCUCGCCAUCCACCCUUGAAGAGUCAUGGCAGUCCUGGGGGCAGUGCUGAUAAAGUGGAAGUCAUGUCGAACGGGAUGGAGAGCAGUUGUGGGGCCGUGGCCCGACAGACUCCUCCUCCUCCAUCCUCUCCAUCGGGCCGAUCUCCUGCCGCCAGCAGCAGCGGAAGCCCGUCUCCGGGUCAGGAGGCCCAGGGUACAGCCGCCCCUGCAGAGCCCAGCCCCAACGCCACGUCCAACACAGAACAAAGCGGCACCAGCACCGCAGAGCCCAACACAGACUCACUACCGACUGGCUGGGAGCAGCGGGUUUUGCCUCACGGGAGAGUGUAUUACGUCGACCACAACACCAAAACCACAACUUGGGAGAGACCACUGCCUGCAGGCUGGGAGAAGCGAGUGGAUCAGCGGGGCCGGUUCUACUAUGUGGACCACAACACCAGAACCACCACGUGGCAGAGGCCCACGGCCGAGUCGGUGCGCAACUACCAGCAGUGGCAGAGCCAGCGCAGCCAGCUGCAGGGCGCGAUGCACCAGUUCAGCCAGCGCUUCCUCUACCAGCCGUCUGGUGCUCCGGUGGAAAAUGACCCUCUGGGCGCGCUGCCUCCCGGAUGGGAGAAGCGUCAGGACAACGGCAGAGUCUACUUUGUCAACCACAACACACGGACGACUCAGUGGGAUGAUCCUCGGACCCAAGGGAUGAUCAAGGAGCACCCCCUGCCCCCGGGCUGGGAGAUGAAGUACACCGCGGAGGGAGUACGAUAUUUUGUGGACCACAACUCCCGUACCACCACCUUUAAAGACCCCAGACCCGGGUUUGAGCCAGGGUCACGGCAGGGCGGCUCACCCGGAGCAUACGAUCGCAGCUUUAGGUGGAAAUACCACCAGUUCCGUUUCCUGUGUCAUUCCAACGCCUUGCCAAGCCACGUGAAGAUCUCCGUGUCCAGACAGACGCUGUUUGAGGAUUCAUUUCAGCAGAUCAUGAAUGUGAAGCCGUACGAUCUUCGUCGUCGACUCUACAUCAUCAUGAGAGGGGAGGAGGGGCUUGACUAUGGCGGCAUCGCCAGAGAGUGGUUCUUCCUGCUGUCACACGAAGUCCUGAACCCCAUGUACUGUUUGUUUGAAUACGCCGGCAAGAACAACUACUGCCUCCAGAUCAACCCCGCCUCCUCCAUCAACCCCGACCACCUCACCUACUUCCGCUUCAUCGGCCGCUUCAUCGCCAUGGCUCUGUACCACGGAAAGUUCAUCGACACCGGCUUCACGCUGCCGUUCUACAAGCGAAUGCUGGACAAGAAACCCACCCUCAAAGACCUGGAGUCCAUAGACCCCGAGUUUUAUAACUCCAUCAUGUGGGUCAAGGAGAACAACCUGGCGGAAUGUGGGGUGGAGCUGUACUUCGCUCAGGACAUGGAGAUCCUCGGGAAAGUUUCCACCCACCAGCUGAAGGACGACGGCGAGAACGAACUGGUCACGGAGGAAAACAAGGAAGAGUACAUCAGCCUGCUGACGGACUGGAGGUUCACCCGCGGGGUGGAGGAGCAGACGAAAGCCUUUCUUGACGGCUUCAACGAGGUGGUUCCUCUGGAAUGGCUUCGCUACUUUGAUGAGAAGGAGCUGGAGCUGAUGCUGUGCGGGAUGCAGGAGAUCGAUCUGGCCGACUGGCAGAAGAACACCAUCUACCGGCACUACACCAAGAACAGCAAGCAGAUCCACUGGUUCUGGCAGGUGGUGAAGGAGAUGGACAACGAGAAGAGAAUCCGUCUGCUCCAGUUUGUAACAGGAACCUGCCGACUGCCGGUCGGCGGCUUCCAGGAACUUAUAGGAAGUAAUGGUCCCCAGAAGUUCUGCAUAGACAAAGUGGGGAAGGAGACUUGGCUUCCAAGAAGCCACACAUGCUUCAAUCGUCUGGACCUGCCGCCCUACAAAAGCCUGGAGCAGCUCCGAGAGAAACUCCUCUUCGCCAUCGAGGAAACGGAAGGAUUUGGACAGGAGUGACUCACAGCCGUUGCACCGGCAACACAAAAACACUAAAUUCAGCAUGACCGUUUUUAUUGUUUUAGAUUCAUGUGUUCCUCCCGGGGUUAAAACUUUGGCCUCAUCCGGGGAGUAGAGUCCCAAGGGUGAACUGAAACUUGACGUUUGAGACCCAAAACACAGAGGAUGUGUGUGUAGUUGCUCAUGUUGUGUAUGUGCACAUAGACAGUGUGUGUGUGUGUGUGUGUGUGUGUGGGUUUUGAACAGAAGACACACCCCCACUGCCCGCUUCCAAGCGCACUAAAGCCAGAUGGCAUUACGGCCUUAAUGCCACCUCAUGUCAACAGCACAGCUACCCGCAGAUGCAGUAAAGCAAAUUCACCCCAAACACAUUUUUAACCUUUUGAAGCGAGCAGCGAACGAGACGGACUGAGUACAUGAAUGAAUUCACUUCAUUCGUUAAUCACAGGGCUAAACACCCCCCCCCCCCCCCCCCAAGGCCCCGCGUUUGGGGGCGUGUCCGGGGCCCAAGUCUAUUACUGAAGCUAAAGAGAAGAGAUGCAAUUUUAUUUUUUAUCUUUCUGUUACUUGUGAAAGUCAGCAUUUUCUCUUGUACAGAUCCAAAAAAUAAAAAGAAACUGAGUCUUAAUACAGUCUUAA